CAAUCAUGUAGCCGCACAUUUAGAACGUCACGUAGCGAGGUAGUUCCUAGUCAGCGUUAUACACGCAUGUGCAGUGUUGUUUAACCGAGUGAUAUAUGUGAAUAAAACUGAUUGUAUACUUCCCUUAAUUCGAAAAGAAGUGUCAUGGCUUGUGUAGAGUUGAGCUGAAGAGAAGUUAUUCCUCACCGUCUGUUCAUCUGAAACACAAUGGAGAACUCAUCCAAGGACGACUACAAGAUCCAGUCAUUUGAUAUAGAGACGCAGACGCUCCUGAAAACAGCCUUGAAUGAUCCAGGGUCAGUUGAUCUGGAGAAAGUCUGCAGUGUUAUAGUGGAGCAGUCUCUGAAGGACCAGAUCUUCAGCCGGGAGGCCGGACGAAUCUGUUAUUCUAUAGUCCAGACAGAGGCCAAACAGAACAAUGGGAGCUCAUUUCGUCGUCAUCUGUUGACCCGCCUGCAGCAGGAGUUUAUAGCCAGAGAGGAGACGCGGAGGAGAUCCACUCAAGACUGGGUUUGUCUUGUGUCCUUCAUCUGCAACAUCUUUGACUACCUCAAGGUGAACAACAUGCCCAUGUUGGCUCUGGUUCAGCCUGUGUAUGACUGUUUGCUCAGACUGGCACAGCCGGACGCCCUGAAGAAUGAGGUCGAGGUGGACUGUCUGGUAUUGCAGUUACAUCGCAUCGGAGAUCAGCUGGAGAAGAUGAACAUGGAGCGCAUGGAUGAGAUGUUUUAUCUUCUGAGGGAUGGAUUUCUCCUGCAGGAGGACCUGAGCUCCAUGGGUCGACUGCUGCUGCUGGAGAUCCUGGAGUUUCGUGCGGGAGGCUGGAAUCUCAGUGACACCGCUCAGAAAUAUUAUUACAGUGAAGUUACAGACUGAUGCCUCCACCAAUCACGAGAGAGAAACAUCAAACAGGAAGACAAAGAAAUCUUAGCAGAUGGAAGACUUUAUUUUUACAGUUUGAAGAGUCACUUGGUGUGUGAAUUGACAGUUCAAGUGCGUUCUAUGGUUUGAUGGCUUUUUGAGUUCUUACAAAAAGAAGCUAGAUGACACACCUCUGCAAACAUUCCUUUGGUCUGUAAUGAUGUUAGAGAGCUAUCCCAGCAUUCCAUAAGACAAACUGUUGGGGUGUACAGUAUUGCUGUUCAUUUAGGAUUAAUGGUUGAAUGAAGUUGAACCACUUUCAAUCUGUUCUCUGGGAAAAAUAAUCAUUUGUAGCCAAAGUUAGGCAGCUUUGUUCAGCAAAAAAUGUGCCUUUGGUUUAUAUCUCUAUUUUGUUAGAUCUUAAAAUAAAUUGAAAGUGAAGACAUUAGUUUCUUGUUAUAGAAGCUGAAUCAGUACAUCUUCAGUAGGUUUGAUUCACUGAUGUGUACAGGGAUGAUAAAAAUAUGUUUUAUAAAUAAGUGUUUAAUUCAAUUCUAAUGUUUGUGAAAACAGCAGUCUUAAACAAUAAAAUUAUACUUAAUUUCA